AGGCACCAACAGCGACUCAAGUCUUUCACACAAACCUCGUUCUUCUUUACUGUUCAGACCUCCACCGGCUGCUGUUCAAUCGCAGGAUGUCUUCAACCCCAGAGCCACCCCUCCUCUUCAACGUGUUGCCCUUGUUCCCCUCAUCUACUCCAGUAGUCCUAACUGUGGAGCCCAAUGGCACCUCUUGCCACGAGUGGGAGCAAGCCCACCACCUACUCUUCCAUCUGGGGAACUUGUCCCUGCUGCUGGGCCUGAUUAUCCCGACCACUGUGGGCCUGCACAUGAUUCUGCUGCGCCUUGUCUUGAUGACAGGAUGUGGUCUCUUCAUUGCCUGGGCAACUCUGUACAGGUGCAACAUGGAUGUGAUGGUUUGGAAUGUGGUAUUUCUGGUGGUAAACUUCAUGCACUUGUUCUUCCUUCUGUACAAGCGCAGACCGAUUAAGAUCGACAGAGAGCUGCGGUCAGUCUACAAGCGGAUGUUUGAGCCUCUCCAUGUGCAGGAGGCUUUGUUUCAGAGGCUCACAGGACAGUUCUGCACCAUCCAGACACUGAAGAAAGGCCAGGCAUACGCUGCCGAGGACAAGACCUCAGUGGAUGAGCGCCUUAGCAUUCUCCUGAAAGGAAAGAUGAAGGUAUCCUACCGAGGCCAUUUCCUGCACAACAUCUAUACCAACUCAUUUAUUGACUCUCCAGAGUUCAGGUCCACUGAGAUGCACAAAGGAGAAAAGUUUCAGGUGACUAUCAUGGCGGAGGAGAACUGCAAGUUCCUGUGUUGGUCUCGAGAGAGACUCACCUAUUUCCUGGAGUCAGAUGCUUUUCUAAACGAAGUGUUCAGAUAUCUCAUCGGCAAAGACAUCACCAAUAAACUGUACUCAUUGAAUGAUCCCACGCUCAGUGACAAGGCAGUGAAGAAGAUGGAUCGUCAGCCCAGCCUGUGCUCCCAGCUGUCUAUGAUGCAGAUGAGAAACAGCAUGGCGAGCACCAGCGACACUGAUGAUGUGCUUAACCAGAUCCUACGCGGAGGAUCGCCUGGGUCAUCACUACAGAUAUCACCUGGCACGAAGUCUUCUCCUAAAAUGAAGCCUAUAGAAGAAGGCAUGGAAGAUGACGUUUUUGAGGAAUCUGCACCUUCUCACCAUGUGCCCAACACUUCAGCGGAGGAGGUGUAGCCGGCAAGGGAAGAAUACGCAUGUUAUGUAAACCUGUUUAGCAACCUGACAGACCAUGAUCGAUGAAGUGACAUGGUAAUUAUUUAGAAAUCGUCAAAGAUGAUUGUGAUCAUUUAUAAACUGUGUCUCCAUUAAAUAGUUUAUCCACCAGAGAGCUUCACAAGUUUUUUUUUUUUUUUUUCUCAAAGUAAAAUGUAAUUCUAUUUCUUGGCAACAGUUCUUUGAAAACAGUCUCAGCAAAAUGUUUGUUUUUAUGUAAAAGAAAAAAGCAACAACAACAACAACAACAACAACAAAAACAACAGCAACCAAAAAAACAGGAUUGGUCACCACAUUGUCAUAAUAUUUUGCCAUGAAUUUUAUCAUAGAAUCUUUGUUGUGACAAUUUCUCACGCAGAGAUAAUUUUUUAUUUAACACUGUAUUCUUUAGAUAAUGAAACAAAAACUAGUGCACUUUGUGUGUUUAAUAACCAUUUGGAGAAAGCUGUCUUAUUGAAAUACUGUUUGCCGUUUAAACUGUUAAAGCUUUAGGAUCAGUUGUUAUUUCCCUGUUGUACCACAUUAAAUGUAUGUGAUCUGUCA